AACGUUGUACUCUUCAUGGACUUGAAACCAGCUUGUUUGGCACAGCUCGUAAAGGAGAUGAACACCCUACCUGAGGAUUUGGCCCUGCACUACCUUCAUCAGACUCUAGGGGCGCUGGAACACCUGCACCACAGAAAAGUCCUGCACCUGGAUGUCAAAGUUGACAAUGUGCUGCUGUCUGCAGACUGCAGAGACACAUUCCUCUGUGACUUUGGUCUCUCAGAGACAUUAGAUGACAAUGGAUGGAGCACCAAGGCCUUCAGGGGCGCCGCCUUCCCUGGCACAGAGACCCACAUGGCUCCUGAGGUAGUAAGAGGGGACCAACUCUGUGCCAAGGCGGAUGUGUGGAGCAGCUGUUGUAUGCUACUGCACAUGCUCAACGGAUGCCACCCAUGGAUACGUUACUAUUCCCAUCCACUAUGUCUCCAGAUUGUCAACGAGCCUCCGCCUCUGUGGGAGGUGCCGUCCAAAUGUAACAAUUUCACAGCCAAAGUGUUCAGGGCCGGACUCCAGAAGAAUCCUGACAGGCGAGCAUCAGCAAAGGAGCUGAGGAAGAAAAUCACCAAGGCCCUCAGAGCAGUUGGAGGUCUGAGUCCCUGGUCCAUCAAAACGGCCUGUGAAAGGCUGUGUCACGGCAAGACUGAAGACACUCCCAGCUCUUUGUCAUCUGGAAUCCCUGCCACCCCAAAUAAACCAUCACCUCCCGUCUCAGCUCCCAUGAUGUACUGGGUGAGCCCCUGGAGAACUACGGCAGUGGACGAGGACAGCAAUGACCUGGAGGAAGGUGACUCAGAUUUGCUGAGCAGGGUAUGGGAAUCUCAGCCAAAAUCACUGCGGGAUGAUUACACUGCAAGUGAGAAAGACUGGGACACUGGGUCUGAUUCAGAAGUAGACAUCUAUAUGGGAGAGGAGGAAUAUAUUCGGGAGAAGUGGCUGAAAACUGACAGGGACUAUGAAGGUGAUUGGGAAGAGGAGGGAGAUGAAGAGGAGGAGGAGGAGGAGGAGGAGGAGUGGGAUUCUUCUGUAUCCACAGAGUAUCUCCGUACUCUUCGAGGCCUUUUCCCUUUACUGCAAAAAGCCAAACAGACAAACAACAAUUCAGGGAGAUCAGAACCAGAGCUGGAAUACAUCAGAGACGGUGUAGCUCUUGGCACCACAAUCCAGCCCCCCUCCCCUGAGCCACGAGAUGACCCUCCGUCCUGUUUCAGCUGCUCGGAUACAUCGCCAAUUGAUGACUCAGACAAGGAAUCUGAUCGCUCAUCUGAUGACCUCAGCUCUGGAGUCUUUUCCUCUUGCAACAGUCAAGCAGACAGACACCUGGAGUGGUUGGUGUCAGCAAAUCAGCCCUCCUCGUACUGCUUUGAAGGUGUUGACAUCUGGAUAGAGAACGUACAAGGCGAGUGUCUGAGGAUUCGAGAACGUCGGCAGGUCAAAGUGGGACAUGUUGCGAUAGGAAUUAGUGAUCAGAUCUCAGGGAAAGCCUUCACUUUGGAGACCCUCGACAGGAAGAUGGUGCCCUUGGAUCAAGAGAUCAAAGACUCCUACCUGUGGCUCCGCUGUGUUCCUGCUCCUGACAGAUGUCAGCGCUGGAGGUGGAGGGUCAGUGACGGCAAGCUGGAGCUACGAGAAUGAGACAUUUUUAUUAUGUUUUGUUGAAUGCACAAAAUGAGUUAUUGUUUGUUCUUAAGCUAUGUGGUCAAAAAAAAUGGAUUAAUAUAUAUACAGAUAUUUUAUUG